AUGCUCCCAACCUCCACCCUCCUCUCGCGCGCCAACACCUUCGGCUGGAUCGGCCUCGGCGCCAUGGGCGGUCCCAUGGCCACCAACCUCUACACCAAGGCCUGGGCUCUGGCCGGUACGCGCAAGGGUACCGAGAUGCCCGAGAUGGUCAUUUGCGAGCCUAACGAUGCCAAUGCCACGGCAUUCAUUAAUGGUGUCAAGGAGCAGAGUGGUGCCGAGGCUGCCGGUCGUGUGCGCCGUGUCACCAAGCCCAGCGAGGUCGCCGCCGAGGCUGCGCGCGUCUUCACCAUGCUUCCCUCCACGCCCCAGGUCGAGGCCGUGUACCUCGGCGAGAGUGGUCUUCUCAAGGGUCUGUCGGACGCAAAGAGCUCGGGAUCCCUCAGCGAGCACGUCAAGGCCAACCCUUGGCUCCUUGGUGCCUCCGAGGCGCCCAAGGACUCGACCAACGCCAACACCCUGCUCGUGGACCACACGACGCUGGACCCCACAGCCGCCAAGCGUAUCGCUGACGACGUGCAUGCGCAGACGAACAACUCGGUGCUUAUGAUUGACGGGCCUGUUUCUGGUGGCGUCGCCGGAGCCAAGGCUGGCACCCUCACCAUCAUGUUCGGUUCCCCCUCGCCUAUUGCGUCCGACCUCGCUCGCGGCCUCCUCCAGUUCAUGUCCCGUGAAGGCGGUGUCGUUCCCUGCGGUGGGAGCGGCGCAGGCGUUGGCGUAAAGGUCUGCAACAACCUCGUGUUGGCGAUCAACCAGAUCGCGCUGGCCGAGGGACUGGCCCUGGGUCACGCGCUCAAAAUCGACCCGCUUCUCCUGCACGACAUUUUCAACACUUCCUCGGCCCAGUCGUGGUCGAGCAAGGUCAACUCCCCUCUUCCCGAGGUCGCUGGAUCACCGGGGUCGCGCGGAUACAAGGGCGGAUUCUUGAGCAAGCUCAUGCUCAAGGACGUUGGGCUUGCUUUGAGUGCUGCCCACGCCCACUCGUUGCCCACGCCUCUUACAUGGGCCGCGGGGAGCGUUUAUGAGGCUGUGGGUAAGGAGGGCGACAUGGCCAACGAGGACUUUUCGGUUGUGUACAAGUGGCUUUUGGAGAAGCAGGCGCAGGGCGUUGAGAUUGGGUGGAAGAACGGCGGGCCGGGCGACAAGUAG